UUUAAUAAAUGAUAAUAGAUUAUAUUUUAGCUUUGAAUUAUAUUUGAUUUUAGCUUGUAAUUCUGUAAUGUUAAGAACUUGCUUUCAAUCCCUGCGGGCUUUUACAUAAUAUUUUAGCGGGUUAGUGGUAUUUGCUGUGUUGACAAAGAAGCUGUUUUUAAUAUCCGUGAUUACACAGCCUAAUUAAGUAUGUUAGAAACAGAUGAGGUGGAUGAUGACUACUUUACCCCAGUUUCCACCACAACACUUGCAAGCAUAUUUGGAAGUGAUAAAGAGAGCAAAGAUGAGAGGGAGGGUAAAAAAACAACAAAUGAAUCCUUAAAAUACACACCUCCAAAACAACAUGUGCCACAAAAUGUUACUGAAGAAAAAGUUGAAGAAGAAUCCAAACUUACAGAGUGUAUCUUUGCUUGUGCUCUGUCUGCACAUGAAUGGACUAACAACAAUUACGUAAACAGAGGAAAAGUUGGUUUUGCUAUAAUAAAAAUAACAAAAAAUAACAGCCAUACUAUAAUACUUUACAAUUCUAAUAAAACAACCUUGUCUAGUACAACAGUCACUUCAAAUUUAAAUAUGACUGUGAAAGGAGAUAAUUACAUUUGCUUUUACGAUAGCCUUUCUAAAUACUGGAGUAUUUAUGCAAAGGAAGUAGAAGUCAAGAAAAUAUCUGAGAUAUUAACUAAAUUUGGUGUCAACAUAAAAUAUGCUGUAAAUACAGAUCAUAAUCCACCAGAUCCUAAUAAAACAGUCGUUGAUAAAUGUGAUACAGCAACAUACAAUUCUGGCAAAGAAAGUGAUACAGACUCGUCUGUGAACAGAAGAACUAAAGCUUCUAUAUUGAACAGAAUGGCUACUAUGGGACACUCAGUCCUACCGCUUCAUACUUUACCUGCAGAUAAAUCAAGUGAUUCCUCAGACAAUGAAAAUACCAACCAGCCCCCCAAAAUAACCAGGCCCAAACCUGUUAAAACCAUUAAUAAAAGAAUGGUGUCAGAUAAGAAUGUAGCUGAAGUAUUAGAUCUAAGUAACAGCAGCAAAACAACUGUAGCCAAAAUUGAACAACCAUUACCAACCACUUCUAUGGUAUACACUUGUAUAAAUGGACAACUUGUUCCUGUCUCGAACACUAAUCUUGGUGCUGCCUAUGGAAACAACAGCAAUAGUGAAAUGAAUUUAUUUAUGAGUGAACAAAGAAUUAACAAUAAUGAGCUAAGAAUAAAUAUCAACAGGACCGCAGAUAAAGUAGAUCAGAUAUUGGAAAAAAUUAAAGGCUUAGAGCAACCAAGUAAGGAUAAAAGUAUUUCAAACUUCCAAACAGAUAUAAUGCAAAAAUUAUUGAGUGAGUAUGAGAACAAAAUUAAAAUAUAUGAACAACUCUUAACAUCACAAAAUAAAAACAAAAUUGAUGAACACUUGUUAAAAACUUCAUCAAACACAUCUGAUGAAAUUGCAUCAUACAAAAAUGUAAUAUCAGAAUUACAAAAUAUUGUUAUUGAAAAGGACAAAGAGAUUAAAAUGCUUACUGACAGACUACAAGAGAAUAAUCUAGUCAAAGAAAUUACCAACUUGAAACAGUCAUUAGCAAUAAAAAAUGAUCAAGUUGAAAAACUUAUCCAACAAUUAGAAAGAAGAGACACAAAAUUAAAAACUGAUGAAGAUGACUUUGAAAAUAAAUUAAAAUAUACUAUGAAUGAUGUUUACCGAUCAAUAUCUGUAAACUUUGAAAGCAACGAAACUUACACAGGUGAAACCGUAAAAAAUGUCACUGCUUCAGUCAUAAAGGAUGUUACAAUUAAAUUUUUAAAUGAAUACAGCUAUGAAAAAUAAAUACCGAAUUACUA